UGCCGCACGCUGGCGUGCCGCCGGUGACCGGGGAGUCUGCGGUGACCCAGGGUGAAGCGGUUGGCGCUCGGGAGUCGCUUCCCUGUGGGCUACAGUUGAGGAGCUGUGGCGGGUCCGCCGCCGGGAGCCGCCUGCGGCAGGAAUUAGGUGAGGACGGGUGUGCUUGCUUGUAGCCGGUGCGGGUCGGGGACCAGGAGCUGGAGCGGCUGGAAAUUGGAGAUUGGGAUUCAACACUGAUCGCGAUCAUGGGUUCCUCAGCAUCUACUCCUGCUGUUACUGUUCAGACCUCAGAUACUCCAGAUCGGCAGCCAGCAUCGCCGCCUUCCGGAUGCCCGAUGCGUGAAAGGAAAGGCUGCCCAAUGAAAGCAGCAACAUCUGAUUCAGGGGAUGAGAGCAAAGCACACUCUGUGCCUGCCCACCAAGAACGUGCCUAUGAGUACGUGGAAUGUCCCAUUGCUGGUGCUGGAGCUAAGAGUAAGGAGAACCUGGAUCCUUCCAAUCUGAUGCCACCACCUAAUCAAACACCAGCCCCAGAUCAGCCGUUUACAUUGUCUACCGUCAGAGAGGAGUCUUCCAUUCCAAGAGCGGAUUCAGAGAAAAAGUGGGUUUAUCCUUCCGAACAAAUGUUCUGGAAUGCAAUGUUACGCAAAGGGUGGAGGUGGAAGGAUGAGGAUAUUAGUCAGAAAGAUAUGUACAAUAUCAUUAGGAUUCAUAAUCAGAAUAACGAGCAGGCUUGGAAGGAAAUUUUGAAGUGGGAAGCCCUUCAUGCUCAUGAGUGUCCUUGUGGACCAUCAUUGGUCCGAUUUGGAGGUAAAGCCAGAGAAUAUUCUCCAAGAGCAAGAAUUCGUUCCUGGAUGGGGUAUGAGUUGCCUUUUGACAGGCAUGAUUGGAUCAUCAACCGUUGUGGGACCGAAGUUAGAUAUGUGAUUGAUUACUACGAUGGAGGCGAGGUCGACAAGGACUACCAGUUUACAGUCCUAGAUGUGCGUCCUGCUUUUGAUUCACUCUCAGCUGUAUGGGAUAGAAUGAAGGUUGCUUGGUGGCGCUGGACUUCAUAACUUCCAAUUGGUUUGCGAUGAAAAAAGUUAUGAGAUACUUUUUUUCAGAGAGAUGCAUUAUUUUCCUCAAACUGAAUUGCACUCAUGAUGUCAUAGGAUUUUAAGUGUAAACCAUACCUGAUUUUCCACUUACUGAAGGAUGCCACGUUAACUUUUGAGUCACAUUUGCCUUGCAGUUUAUGAACAGAUUAUUUUAUGUUUUCUUCCCACUUUAUGUGGGAAGCAAUCCUUCUUUUUCUUUAGUUGUGAUAUUUCCUGUGUAUUUUAUUUAGAAAAGUGAACAACCUCCGAAAAUGAGCUUUUACUGAAUUGAUGACUGCUGCUGUUAGCUUACUAUUUUCUCAGAAAUACUUGAGAUGUGAGAACUGAAAGUCAUUGUGAGUGUCAUGAGCUAUAACCUCGUCACCUAGAUGAACUCAAACUCUCCCUGAUAAAUAAGAAGUAGGUAUGCUUUUUUUUUUUAAAGGUGACCAGUACUUCUAAAGUCCCGACAAUCUAGUAGUGAUCCUACACAGAAUGCAGAGGCAAACACAGAAAUGUACCCAGCAAGACUAGCUUUCCAAAUUCGUAUUUAGAUGAAAUUUUGGACAGGACUUCAUAGAAGUUUCAUUUCCCAAUGAGGUAAUGAUGCAUAUGCUUCAGAACAUUCAGUUUUCAAAUGGUUUCUCUUUGAUUUUGGUGUUUGUAAAGUGCAGUGGAUCCCCCAGAACAGCUUUCAUUGUCCUAGGCACAUUAUCCCAACUUUUGAGUCCCAUCCCCACCCUCAGACUUGCUCCCAAUUGACCUAAUCCAAAUUUUGAAAGCUUAGCUUUCACAAUGACAGUGAUGGCUCCCUUCUCUAACACAUGAUUCGAUUUGGCUGUUAAAUUCAUACCAGCCUUUUUCUCAGAGGUAGAAUGUUUGCAUCAAUUCACUGUUCACUUUGUUCUUAUGUUAAGAAACUCUAGGUUUACUGUUGAAAUUCCUUAUAUCCACAAUUCAUAAACUGCUUGGUCUCAGCAUGUUACAAAUUACUGUUGUUUCUUGAAAGUGUUGAUGAUAAGACAUCUUCUCAUUUAUCUUGAACAGUGUUAAGCAAGUGGAAGGAGUUGGCAGUCAGUGAGUAAUUUAGUAUGGAUUUCUUUGUUGUAUCAGUUUUUUGUGAUGUUUAAGAAAAUCCAACAAUCUUAAACUCCACAUGUUAAAAUAUUUGUAUAUUUUUAAAUAAAGCUGCUAGUUAACAAGUUUUGAAAAGUU